UGUUCAGAUCAGUAAUAUAGUAGAUCUUAACGAACUUAUGCUUGUUGAGCUUUAUUUUCAGAGUCUAAACGUAUUGUAUCAGUUGUUUAUAUUUAAAAUAAUUUGUUACUAACAAAACUAGUAAUAGUAAUUCUAAUAGUAAUACUACUACAAGCAAUACUACUUAAGCACAUUUAAGUUUUUUAUUUGCCCUUUAAAAUUAAACAGUAAUGUAGUACUAAGUAAGAAGUACUUGUAACAAAAUGUAAUAAACCUAUGCUCUUACUGUCUGCUACUGCUCGUGCUACUGAGUACUACUACCAGUAGUAGUAGUAGUAGCAGUAGCAGUUAGUACUAUAAUAUACCCAAGUAAAUAUUUUUAGUGUUACUGUUAGCAUGUUAUGCAUUACUCCAUAUUACUAGCAGUAAUAUAGUCAUACUAUAAUUUAUAGACCGUAAUCAGUAGUGUCUGCAGUACUACUAUUGUACAGUGUACCUGUUAAACAUGAAUAAAAGUUCAAGAAACUGAUGAUAAAGGAAGAGCAUCACAGAAAUUAUUAGACUGCUUUAAACAAAAUUUCCAAUUGUGUGGGUAAGAUACAAAUAGAAACAUUUUAUUUAUUUUCUUAGCAAAUGGAAAUCUUACUACAAAUACUUCUAUUGGAUUAUGCUCCACUUUGCACUGCACAUCUUUUGUGGUGAUAUGAUUUUCCUCAUUUUGACUGUCUUUAACUGACUGGUGAUGGGUGUUUGGUGGCAGAAUAUGUAGCAGUAGUGGAUUGUACACUAUUUACAAUGAAGAAUGCUGCCCCUGUUCAUAAGUCAGGUGGCUAUCAUGACAAUUGUGUACCUAGAGAGCUGUGGUCAUUUUCAGGCUCAAGAAGGCCAGGUGUGACCAAGCAGGCUCCUGUGGGUCACUCCUCCAUCAAAAACACAUCUAGCAGCUCUUGUGUCUUACCUGCUAUAGAUCGUCAUUCGAAGAACUCUAUUAUAGAUUCAGCUCAAGGCUUUCAGGGAAAAUCAAAAAAGACCUCUGGCAUCAGAUGCGCAAAAAAAACUAAUCUGUCACAAAGCAAGGUGGUUCCAUCCAAGCUACCCGUGUUACAACGUCUUCCAUCCACUAAGGACUCCAGGCAAGAAGUCUGCUCAAUUGAGAAGAGAUUUGUACAGCAGAAGGCUCAACCAUUUUUAUCUGGUUAUCUUCGAAAAAACUCGGGAAGUAAAUCCUCUAUAAAACCCAGAAAGCUAGAACCAAUUCCAUGUCCACCAUCUAUAGGUCAACUAAAGUGUCAGAAGGAAACUUCUUUAUCCGUCCUUCCUUUGUCUUCAAAACCUCAAACCACUUCCUUCAACAGACCACCUCAGGAAAAUUCUGCCUUUCUUGUUGAAUCUCGUAUAAACAAUACACCAGUUAAUGCCAGGCAUCCUGCUGUGAGAGACAGGGAGCAUUUUUUAGAAAAUAUUGCUAAAUUAGAAGCCGCAACUGGCGCCAUACCAAAGUCUUCAGUUCCAGAUCAAACACACUGUCAGUUUCACAUCCCAUCCCAAUAGCUAUCACAGCAGAGCCAGGUGAUAGUCCCACAUUCCCUCCACAGAGGAAAAAGAAAGGUCUGUUAGGUGAGUUUACCCACAUCCCAUCAGUUUGUGGUGUCUUCCCUUCUCAAGUGACACGUAAGAAUGCAGCACCGAAGACCAUUAAUUUGUCUUCAUGUUUUGUUCGAGGUUCGUCA